AUGCGUUUCCUCGUCUGUCAUAUGCAAAGCGAAAGGAAGGGUCGAUAACUUGACCAGAGGGCAUGAAUAUAACCCUAUUCUACUCUAAUUAAGAAUUUAAUGUACUUGAUAUUGCAAAUGGUAGACAAAUCGAUAAGAAACUGUUAGUUUGAGGAUAAAGAUAAAGGUUUUAUCGAGUCUAUGUUUGUUUAGCUGCUGUUAUCACGUCGGACUGCAGACUCCUGCUUUCCAAACACACCGCCUUUGUGGCAAUGACUGCGGACCUUUUAUCUGACCUGGAUAGUCGAUUCUUCGCCGAUAAUCUCUUAACGAGCGAAGAUUGGGAUGCCUGUCUGUUCAAGUGCGAGAGCAUGGAGGAAGGAGAGGACGGAGACUUCGGUCAGGGGCUGAAUUAUGAACCUUCGUUUGACAAUGACCUUGUGCUCACCCUCGAUCCUGACAACCGCACGUCGCCAUGGCGAUACCUUGACGACAACCUUCUCACAGGAAAUACCACAGUGAUGAAAAAUGAGAUGGCACUAACCGAGCCUCUACCUGUGGAAAUGUUGUUCCAGGUCAAGGCCGAGCCUCCCUCUCCUGCUUCCUCGCUGGAGUCUGAGUGUUCGACCUUGUCACCCGAUCCAAAGGUUACAAUUAAAGCUGAAAACCCUCCUACUCCUCCCUACAUGUACGGAGAUGUUCUGUCUCCACCGCUUGGGACAAUGGAGGUAACCGUGGCAACGGCAGCAGUACCCCCGUCGCAGUCCCAGGUGCCCACAGUUACACAGACACAGCUGCAGACACCGUUAACAUCCGUCCCAGCAGUCAUCACUGGAAUCCAGACACAGACUGCAGUCCUGCCAAACACUGCAACAAUAAAAGCCAGCACCAUCCUUAGCACCAAACCUCCCAUCCAGCCCAGACCUCUGUGUGUCGCCACGCUUCCCGUCCCCCAGAACCCCCCACCAGCAAAGACCCUCAUACUGCAGGGGCUCCCUUCCAUGGAUCAGACCCGACCUGUCGUCCUCUCUCCGUCUGUCUGCCUGAGUUCGACUCCGGCCAUCGUCAAAAUGGAGCCCGUGUCUCCGAGCAUCCCCCAGCACUGCUCGAGUCCGACUGCCUCCUCAACCAGCAAACCCAUCGUCCCGGCAACAACACCGUUACCCAGCAACAACCCCAACGAUAUUGAUAUGAAGGUGCUAAAGCGGCAGCAGAGGAUGAUCAAGAACAGGGAGUCUGCCUGCCAGUCGAGAAAGAAAAAGAAGGAAUAUCUGCAGAACUUGGAGGCUCAGCUGAGGGAGGCCCAGCAGGAGAACGAACGACUCCGCAGGGAGAACCAGGCGCUGAGGGAGAGGCUGGCAGUAAAGGAGAAUGGCGACUCUGCAAGCAACAAGCGAGCUGUGUGUGUCAUGGUGGUUCUGCUGUUCAUGACCUUCAGCUUUGGUCCUGUCAGCAUCACAGACAGGAAGCUGUCGACGGGUCUGCAGGAAGAUCUGGUGUCGUAUACGGGCCGCCGGCUGCUGGAGAUCGAGCAGCAGCAGCAACAGGCGGCUGUAGCUCAGCCUCUCACAAAGGAUGAGGACAAGUUGGAGAAACAAGAGUCUGAAGGAGACGAGCAGUGGAAGAGAGGAGAGGCAGAGCGAUACGCUCCAGAUUCUUAUCAAUUCCGAAACCUGAGUGACAUGUUCAGUGACAUGAAGGACCUGGUCCUGCCUGACAUAGAGCGAUACUUCACUUCUUCAGACUGCCGACAGUUCAACCGCUCCGAGUCUCUCAGGCUUGCAGAUGAGCUGAGAGGUUGGGUUCAUCGGCAUCAGAUCGACCGGAAGAAGUCUGGAGGAAAACCAAAGACAGUGAAAAAAGCAAAGAUCACUCAGAAAGCUCAGCUAAGAAAGGCAAACAUCUCCAGAUAUCUGCCAAUCCAGGCUCACCGCUCUAUAGAAAGUCAGCUGAGGGUUCUUCCCGGUCCAGAGGUUACUUACAGCGACUUCCUGGACGCCAUCGACCGCAGAGAGGACACCUUUUACGUUGUGUCUUUCAGGAGGGACCACCUGUUACUUCCUGCCAUCAGCCACAACAAAACCACCCGGCCUAAAAUGUCUCUGGUGAUGCCGGCCAUGUCCGUUAACGAGAGUCUCUACAACUCGUCUCAGGGCUACGAGAUGAUGAUGCAGGUGGACUGCGAAGUCAUGGACACUCGCAUCAUCCCAAUCAAGUCCUCCGCCGUCCCUCCAUCUCUCCGUGACCCCACCCCGCCACCUCCCUCCUCCCCGCAUGGCCCCCACCAUCACCAUGGCAACAACACCUCACUCAGAGGGCGCCACCAGCACCACCCGUCCUCUUCCCCAUCUCCCAGGCAGCCUCUACCCGCCCGAACACAAACCCCAGAAUACUUGAUCAGCCAAUCAGAAGGAGUCUGAACAGACAUCAACAUGAUGAUGAUGAUGAUGAUGAUGGUGGGAGAGGUGUAAGGUUGGUGGCUCAGAUGAAGAAUAAAAGGAAACUUUAGUUUGAGAUUCUUUUUUGAAUCUCUUCACUGAACAAGAAACGUUUCAGAGACGGUUAAAAUCCAACAAAGCUGCUAUUAAAAUCUGAACGUUUGUCUGUAUUCCAACAGUUACUGGUACUGAAAGGACUGGGAAAAGACUAAGUUGGAUUCAUUCGUCAUAUUUACCAAUACCUAAAAAUAAGAAACAAAGAGAGCAGCACUGGCACAUGAAAAGGAAUCGGUUCUGAUCCGUUCCAGGGUUCCUCAGAGACAUUUCUAUAAUCUUCCCUUCAAAGUUGAAUCACUUUUCCCUGUUGGCAUACCACAGAAAACAGAGCAUCUCUGUUUAGAGAGGCAGGCUUCCAGAAGAAAUUAUGGCAUCAAUGUUGAUUGAGAUGAUGGAAAUUGUUUUUUUUUGGAGCAGUCAGGAUUAAAAACUUUGAUUUUGGAGCUUAAGGCAAUGAAGUGAACCUAAUCCGAAUAAAAGAAGACAUGAUACACUUAUUUAUGUACUUAUUGAUUGAUAAAAGUACAUAAAUCAAAUUUUCUUUUAUUCAAAAGCUAAAAAAAGUAACUACUCAUAUCUUCCCUUCACGUUUUGAUGUAAAUAUAAUCCAUUUUAAAAUGUCUAGGCGGCUGCAUGUCUGAGGGUCUGAAUGGGUUAAAUAACUUUAAGAAAAGAUUCAAGAUGUUUUUUCUUUCUUGUUUUUAAUGUUAAAUGGAAUGAGAUGAAGUUCCUCUGAUCUUUUUUGCAGCAAACACACACUUUAGGAAUGCAGGCUGAGUUUUAGCCCAGAUAUCGGAUCAAAUGAAUUUAAAAAUGGCGCCACAGCAGUUUGAAUAUUUCAAGAGCCAACGGAUUUGCUUCAGUCUUUAUUUUUGCCAAUUCUUUUUUUCGUUAAAAUAUAUUUCUACAUCUUGAAAUGUAAAAACUUAAUUCAAAAGAUUAGAAAAUGCAGCUGAAGGUUGUUUUUUUUUUAUAUUAAUUUGCUAAUUUAUAUAUAAAUAUAUUUUCUGGGGAGGUUGGGUUAAACUAAUUUUGGAACUCGACGUCCCAGUUUCGUACAUUAGCUGUCACUUUUAAUCAUGUAUGGUUUUUUUUAUGUUAUUUAAUAUCUGUAAAUAUGAUUGUAGAUAUUUUGUUUGUAUUUUGUCACAUUUUCAAUUUUUUAUAUUUCUCUUUUCACAGCAAAAAGUAAAAAAAAGAAAAAACCUGUGAAGUUUUUCUUGUGAUGAAAUAUACUCUUUUAUAUUAACGAGUUCUGUCCAGUGAGGACCAACCAGCUUCUUUCUCUCCAGUGUUAACUGCACUGAUGUUAUACGCAUAUUCUUUAUGAUUGUACAUAGGAAUAAUAAAAUUGGGCUUGUUUUAUUUCUUAAAGAAAAGGUAACGAAAAGCUGAUUAGAGCCUGGAAGAAAGAUAAUAUUCAAGCAGUUUAUGACCUGGGACUUUAACACAGAACUUCUGACUCUCUUAAUGACUUUAUUUAAAGUCUACAUAGAAAAUUUCAUUGUGUUUUUUUCUUUUUCUGGCAAUAAAAUAUUCGACUAUUGCGUCACUCCAUAACGUCAUCAGUUAAACUGUCCGCUCUGCAUGAUGAAAAAUGUUUGCUUGUAUACUGCAAUUAAAGGGCGUCUCAGUUUGUGAAGCUUUGAUGUAAAUAGUUUAUUGUUGCAUAUUGGUAAUGGGAUUUUGAACCUUUGAAAAUAUUUCGAUAUUAUCCCAGGAACAUCAUUUUGAAUUUUCUCUUUUUUUAAGUUCAGACAAAAUGGAAUAAUUUCCUGAAAAAUCGUUUUUCUAUUAUAAUUUUUUUUUCUAUAUUUCAAAGUUAAACAAUAAUUUUCUAUUGUUGCUUCUAAAUGUUUGUAAAGCCUUUAGUUUGCUGAUGGUUUCUGGAUGAAUGUUUGUUCAAAUUUGGACUUUACUGUUUUGUCUGCACAUAUGUCUAAAAGAAAACUGAAUGAAUCUGUUUUUGUUUUUUAUAAAUACUGAAACAUUUUACAUUUGGCAUAAAUGUAUGCCAUGAAGAAAAAGAGCUGAUAUUAAGAAGAAAGGACCUCUUUAUUUUUAAUGGGUUGGUGUCACAAGAGGAGUCUGGGUUUAAAAGGGUUUGUAUGAAGUCCUUUUGAGCAAUGAUGUCAAUAAAACUGGUCCUUCAA